CAGCUCUGUGAGGGUUGCAGCAGGCAGCAGAACUGCAGUGGCUGCUGCGUGCACAGUGGGGCUGGAGAGGCGAGGCAGGAGCACCGGCAUCAUGCUGGGCCAGAAGCCAAAGCUCAGCAAGCGCAUCCGUGAGCUGCGUGCCAGCAUAGCCUUGCAAGGGCAAGCAAGGAAGUUUUACAGCAAGUCAGAGGAAGGAAAGUUCAAUGAGAACCGAGAGCUGCUGCCCCAGCUGCGAGAGGCGGUGCAGGAGGAUAUCCAUGCCCUGGGCCUUGUCCACAAGCACAAGCUCACCAUCUCUGAGGCUUGUGGAGCGGAGCAGCCCUUGGGCAUUGCUUUGGCCAGUAAGACCUUGGAGGUGGCCCAGGAGAAGCUCCGGGCUGAAGUCUAUGACAGGGUGAACAAAUGCAACAUGCUGCUGUACCAGAUGGAGCAGCGGAGCCGGGCCAAGGAGCAGCUGCAGAGGCGGCUGCAGCAGCUGCAGGAUGUCCGGGUGGCUGACAAGCAGCACCAGGUACAGGUGAUUCGUGCGCUGCAGAACAGCAUAGACAAGAUGCACACAAAAAUCCACGCUGGGCAGAAGGUGGCUGCCCUGUACGUGGUGGUGCGGGAUGCCCUGAGGAAGGAGCUGGCCCACCUGCCUCUGCACCUGGACCUCCUGAGUGAGAUGGCCGAGCUGCAGCAUGGGGAGGUGGAAGACAUGGAGCUCAUGGCCUUGGAUGGGCUCCGAGCUGCUCGUGUAACCAAGGAGCACAUGGCCAGGACGAAAACCCAGCUCCUUGCAGAGAGAGAGCUCAGGCUCCGCACCCUGGCUGCUCAGAAGGAGCCCAUGGACAGAAGCUGGCGCAAGGAAGCAGAAGAAAGGCUUCUGAAAGGGCAAGCCAGGCGUGACCUCACCAGGGACUUCCUGGGCCUGCCCGCAGAGGACCCACCGGUGGCCGCCGAGCCGGAGGCCCCCAAGUCCCAGCUGGAGCGUGAGGCCUGCGUGAUGGAGAAGCUGGAGAAGGCCAAGGCUGCGGUGCAGUGCUCCCGCCUCUGGGACAUCCCCAUCAGGAUCCUGGCACAGCAGAAGUCCCUGGCGGAACUCGAGCAGUACCUCGCAGGGCGCAAGGAGGAGAAGCAGGAGCUGCAGAAGGCACUGAAGGAGCUGGAGAUGCAGCUGGAGGAGCUCAAGUUUCGCCAGCCCCCAGCCACAACCAGGGGGCUGGAGGAGGAGCUGAGGACGAGGCUGCAGUGGGAAGAGGCUCGGCUGGAGCAGAGGCGAGCCCAGCUGCUGAGGAGCCAGGAGACGCUGCUGGAGUUUGAGAACGGAGUUGACAACCUCUUCGUCCGCCUGCGGGGCAUCCCCGUGCCUGGCCAGGAGCACUCUGGCAAGGCCAUGGGAGUGGACGAGAAGCUCCAGCAGUGCGAGCAGAAGCUGCAGUACCUGGUGCAGCGGGUGGCUGACCUGCCCCCCUCCAGCCUCAGCGAGGAUGAUGAGACUUUUGUGAAGGUCCGACAGCUCCUGGAGAAAACCCUCCUGAGCGAUCCACGGAACCAGAAGGUUCCCUUGGAGGACACGGGCAUGGGGGACCCAGGUAGGAAAGGGGACACAUCCCACAGCAACUGCCCCAGCCCCUGCCCCCUGGGAUUUCUGGGUGUCCUUGCCCACCUCCCACUGUCCCAGCAGAGCCCAACCCAGGAGCUGCUCCAGGCGUUGGGGCUGACCUCGGCUGUCUCCAGGCCUUUGAACUACUUUGAUUUUGAUGACGACCACAGUGGCCUUGUCCUCACCAGAGAAGCCAUCAAGAGCCAAGGGCUGGAGCUGAUUGAAAGCAAGAGGCAAAGCAAGAAGCAAAGCAAGAGGAAGUAG